AUGGAAAACUCGACCAAUGAAAAUGACUAUGAGAAUAAAAUACCUCUGAAUGCAAUCGUAAAUAUAAAACCAACUAGUUCUGCGCAUCAUAAAUUUGAGAAUGUUUUGAUAGAAAACGAUAUGAAAUUGAUAGCAGUAAACACUAUUGAUGAUAUAAGAUACCUUUGCCGUAUAUGUCUUACAAAUGAAGAUAAUAUGAUCUCUUUAAUGUCUACUAUUGAUUCAGAAUUGCUGGUGGAUAUAUUCUCCUAUGUUACAUCCAUAAAAACACAGUUGGAGGCAGAAUUUCCUCAACAAAUUUGUGAUACAUGUUAUGAUGAUUUAUUACAAUGUUAUAAACUUAGAAAAAAGUCAUUGAAAUCAGAACAAACACUCAGAAAAGUAUUGAAAUUAGAUUCCAGAUGCUGUUCUGAUAAUAUAAGUGUGACAAUAAAGACAAAGGAAAAAGGAAUACAGACUGAUUAUAAUGAUUUCAUUAAAUUAUGUGAAGAAAAUGUUCCAAAAGAUAUAAAUUUUAAGGAUGAAGAUUUAAAAACAGAGUAUGAAGAUGGUCAUGAUAUGAAAACAUUGAUAGAAAUUAAAUCUGAAAAACCGGUAAAGGAGAAAACUAAACUUCUAUUUUGUAAAAUAUGUUCCAAGAAUUUCCGUAAAAUAAAAACAUUAAGAGCUCAUAUGAAGAAGUGUAGAAAAACAGAAGCGAAAAAUUCUUAUCCUUGUGGAAAAUGUAAGGAGACGUUCAGCCAGGAACAAGACCUGCGUAUACAUUCAGCAUUACAUACAAAAGGAAAUAAGUGGACUUGUAAUGAAUGUCAGAAAGAGUUUACAGAGAGGAACCGUUUCCGACGUCACAUCCGUCGUCACAUGGCGUGCUGGAGGCUGGCCUGUGACGCGUGCGGCAAGACCUUCGCUGAGCCGUGCGCGUUACGAAGACAUGCGCGUGUUCAUACCGGCGAGAGGAAGGAAAAGACGCUACGCUGUGACAUAUGUGACAAACGUUUCAGUGACCGCACCCAGCUAGCGACCCACUCCACUCGUCACAGCGGCCUCAUGCCCUGUUCGUGUUCUGUCUGCGGCAAGGCGUUUCCAUCUCAGAGACUGCUCGCCUCGCACGCCCGUGUACACUCGGACUUGAAGCCCUACGCCUGUCUCUACUGUGACAAACGAUUGUUGUUAACUUGUGUUUAUGCAGGUGAGAGACCUUACACUUGCACCGACUGCGGCAGCAAGUUCACAUCCAGCUCGUCUCUAACGUGUCACAGACGGAUACACACGGGAGAGAAGCCAUAUGAAUGUCCUGUUUGUGGGAAGAGGUUUGCUCGCACUCACAUAUCUACUCAUCUGCGGUCUCACUCUGGCGAGCGACCCUUCACUUGUUGCGCGUGUCCAAGAGCCUUUAUUAGCGCUGCGAGGCUGAAAGACCAUUGUCUUGUACACACAGGAGAGAAGCCCUUUGAAUGUGCUAUUUGUUCGGAAAAGUUCGGUCGGAAAAAUUACUUGGUGAAGCAUCUCAGGACGCACAAAAAUAAAGUAAAUAAAGAUACGGUGAAAAAUCAGGAAAUAGUUAUUCUUCAAGAAGUGCCAUUUGUUGUGGAAGAUGACGUAAUAUAUAACGAGGACCCUGGUAAUGAAGUUAAUACUAUAAGAAAUAAAAAUAUAACUUUGGAAGUGUCCGAAGAAAUUCCAAUAGGAGUUUCCGGAGAACUUAUUUUACAUGAAAAUGGUGAGGAGAAGACAGAACUGGUUGUAGUAGACAACAUGCAGAACAGUAUGAAUUAUACCAAUGAUAUAUGUCUUGAUGGGAACGUCAACUAUGUGAAUGAUGUCAGUUUAGUUCCAGUCAAUGAUGAUGUACCUUCAUCAGAAUCACCUGCCGAGGAAACUACCAUGAAACUGUACAAAUUGGACCAAAGCUUAGUACAAAUACAAACAUCCACCGGUCAACUUACUAUAAGGAAAAUGACAGCUAACUUUUAA